GACAGCAGCCCCCGGAGAGGAGAGGGCAUGGAGCCCCCAAAGUUGGGAGCGCCUGAUAGGGAGGGGACCCUGCAAAGCACCUCAAAGCCCAGCCAGGGUGCACCUGGCAUUAAGAGGCAAAGAAUCCGGUUCUCCACCAUCCAGUGUCAAAAAUACACCCACCCCGAGGGGUCCGAGAAGAUCUGGACCAGCAGCACGUCCUCCGACACCAGUCAGGACCGGUCACCCUCGGAGGAAAGCAUGUCGUCAGAGGCCACCCCUGGCUCGCUCCCUGCGACCAGCGACGCAGACACCUACCUGUCCAUAAUCCACUCCUUGGAGACCAAGCUCUACGUCACGGAGGAGAAGCUCAAGGAUGUGACGGUGAGGCUGGAGAGCCAGCAGGGCCAGAGCCAGGAGGCCCUGCUCGCGCUGCACCAGCAGUGGGCCGGCACCGAGGCAGGGCUCCGCGAGCAGCUCCGCGCCAGCCUGCUUCAAGUCGGGGCGCUGGCCUCCCAGCUGGAGCAGGAGAGACAGGCCAGGGCCAGAGUGGUAGAAGACCACGUCGGGGAGCUUGGUGGCUUCCAGGUGAAAAACAGCCAGGCACUGGCUUGUCUGGAAAGCUGCCGGGAACGGCUGCGGUCUCUGCCGGGAGCCGUCCCGGAGGUGGAGGCCGGGGCAGCGGGGGCGGGGCCCCUGGCCAGCGUGGAGAGCUUGCUCGUCAGCGCCAUCCAGGCCCUUGGGCACACACAGCGGGAGGAGGAGGGGCCCGCAGCUGCACCGCAGCCGCCCCGCCUGCCGGAGCUGAGCGAGCAGGAGCAGCUCAAGCUGCUUUCUGACCAGAUGGCUCUGGAAGCCGCGCUCAUCGGCCAAAUAGCGGAGUCCGUGAAGCGCACGACCUCGGAUGUCGCGCACGUCCUCUCUGAGGUUUCUCAGUCGAGGAAGGUGCUGCUGGACUCUGAAAGUGGCGCAGGGUGGCCCAGGGCCCCGGCAGACGCCUGGGCCAAGAAGGUGCUGGUGGACGGAGAGUUCUGGAGCCAGGUGGAGUCCCUGCGCGAACACCUGGAGAUGCUGGGUGGGGAGGCAGCCCGCACCUCAGGUGGCGGGCAGCAGAGCCCCCCGCCGGGCCUGGGCCCCACCCUGGCCGAUGCCACGUGGGUCAGGGCAGAGCUCAGCUUCGCCAUGCACUCGGUGAGGGAGGCCCUCCAACGCAGGUUGCAGAGUGUCCAGGAGACCUUGCAGGGGACCCAGGCAGCCCUGCAGCAGCACAAGCGUCUGCUGGGGGACAUCUUGGGAGCCUACCAAACCCCCGACUUCGAGAGAGUGAUGCAGCAGGUCUCGGAAGCCCUCGAGCCUCUAGCAGGCGCUGGAGACGGGGUACAGGCAUCCUGGGGCUUGAGCCCAGCGCAAGUACUGAGCUGUCAGGACACGGGGGGCUCCCAGGAGCUCUUCCCCUUGUCCAGCCAGAGCCCGGGGGCCCUCGUUGCUGUUCAGGAGGAGCUCGCCCUGCAGCUUAAAGACAAGGCCAGCCUCCUAGGGGAGAUCUCUGCCGCCUUAACCUCGCUCCCUUCCGCGGAGCCACUGAGGGACUGUCAGCAGCUCCUCCAGGCAUCCCGGAACCUCUCUCAGGACGCUUGCUUGGGAGGCCUCAGUCAGUAUUCAUCCUUAUUAGUUCAAGAUGCGAUUGUUCAGGCUCAGGUGUGCUAUGCAGCCUGCAGGAUCCGGCUGGAGUAUGAAAAGGAGCUCCGGGGUUGCAGGGAGUCCUGGCCAGGUGGGGGGGCCUCCUGCCAGGAGCAAGAGCUGGCUGUCGGGGCCCUGAGGGAGGAGUAUGAGGAGCUUCUCCGGAAGCAGAAGAGUGAGUACCUGGACGCGAUUGCCGUCAUAGAAAAGGAGAACGCAGAGCUCAAGUCCAAGGUCACCCAGCUGGGCCAUCAGCAGAAGUGCCUGGAGGAAGUGGAGGGCAAGCACCUGUCUGCCCUGCAGAGGGGGCACGAGGGGGAGAUGCAGUGUGUGCUGGAGGAGGCCGAGCACAGCAGUGUCCUGAGCCAGCUGCACGCCUCCGUCAGAGACAGGCAGGACCUGGAGAGGCACCACGUGGAGCAGAUGCAGACACUGGAGGACAGGUUCCAGCUCAAGAUCAAAGAGCUGCAGACAAUCCACCAGGAGGAGCUGAGGGCCCUUCAGGAGCACUACUCACAGACCCUGCAGUGCCUGCAAGAGACCCUCCACCACUACCAGGGACAGCCCCCUGCAGCCCCGCCGGCCCCCGGCCCCCCGAGCAGCCCCCACCAGGCCCCCUCCUGCAGCCGGCCCACCGAGGGGGAGGCCGACUCCGUGAUGGGGCUGAGAGCACGCAUCCAGGAGCUGGAGGCCCAGGUGGACGUCCUGCGGGAGGAGCUGGAGCACAGGGGUCUGGCGGGCAGCGCAGCCUUGCUGCAGGAGGAGCACCAGAGGGACUUUGAGAGCCUCAAGGCCACGUGUGAGCGAGGGUUUGCAGCCAUGGAGGAAACGCACCAGAAGAAGAUUGAAGACCUUCAGAGGCAGCACCAGCGGGAACUGGAGAAACUGAGGGAGGAGAAGGACCGCCUCCUGGCCGAGGAGACCGCGGCCACCAUCUCAGCCAUUGAAGCCAUGAAGAAUGCCCACCGUGAGGAGCUGGAGCGGGAGCUGGAGAAGAGCCAGCGGUCCCGGGUCAGCAGCGUCAGCUCGGACGUCGAGGCCCUACGGCGGCAGUACCUGGAGGAGCUGCAGUCGGUGCAGCGCGAGCUAGAGGUCCUCUCCGAGCAGUACUCCCAGAAGUGCCUGGAGAAUGCCCACCUGGCCCAGGCGCUGGAGGCCGAGCGGCAGGCCUUGCGGCAGUGCCAGCGCGAGAACCAGGAGCUCAACGCCCACAAUCAGGAGCUGAACAACCGUCUGGCUGCAGAGAUCUCACGGUUACGGACGCUGCUGACUGGGGACGCCGGUAGUGAGGCCGCUGGCUCGCCUCUCACACAGGGCAAGGACGCCUACGAGUUAGAGGUCUUACUGCGGGUCAAGGAGUCAGAAAUACAGUACCUGAAACAGGAGAUCAGCUCCCUCAAGGAUGAGCUGCAGACGGCAUUGCGGGAUAAGAAGUACGCCAGCGACAAGUAUAAAGACAUCUACACGGAGCUGAGCAUCGUGAGGGCGAAGGCCGACUGUGACAUCAGCAGGCUGAAGGAGCAGCUGAAAGCAGCCACAGAAGCGCUAGGGGACCGGUCCCCGGAGAGCACCCCCGUGUCGGGAUACGAUAUAAUGAAAUCUAAAAGCAACCCUGAUUUCUUGAAGAAAGAUAGAUCCUGUGUCAGCCGGCAACUCAGAAGCAUCAGGUCCAAGUCCGUUAUUGAGCAGGUCUCAUGGGAUAACUGAAACGCCCGCUGCCAGGUCCCCUGUCGUGUAGAGUCUGAAAGAAGGCCUGACGGUGCAAGAUCGUCUGAAGCUCUUUGAGUCCAGGGACUUGGAGCAAGACUAGCCGUUCCACUCGACCUGACCCACCCUGGCCGGUGGCAGCACCCGGCCGCUGCCCGCCUGCACCGUUUCUCUCACUGUCGUCCUCGUGGUGGUCGUUGUCCUCGUGAACCAUGGGUCCGGGUGCAGAGACUGGCUGGGCUGUCCGCCACUACCCGCGCUCCGUCAGCGCCCUCCCCGCCGCCGCCCUCCUCACUGUCAGUAUUAAGGCCCAGCAGCCUGUCGAUAAGCUAGCUCGGUCUCGCCGGGUGCACGUGGGGCCGGGCCCGGCAGGUCACGUAGGGCAAGGACAAGCCGCUGGGUCCGGCACUGAGAGCUCACUAGGCCGCAGGGGCAGGAGGGAGCUGGCUGAGAGCCGUGGCUCAUGGCCUGGACUUACCACCUUUGGGCUCGGGAGGACAGCAUUUUGUAUUUGUUCCACUAACGCAGCUUAGAACCACACCCCAGAUAAUCGUGGUAAACCCAUCACAACCUGAAAAAUGUUGAAAGCAGCCAUUCCUACUUUUGUUCAUUUUUUAUUAAAUCUUGCACAAAACGCAGCCCCUCGCGUGCCUUCCUACACUGGCUUCGGUCUCGGUCACCAGUGACCCGGUCUCGGCGCAGCUGGAGACUGUGGACCUGCAGCCGGGCUUUCUGGCUGUGAUCACAGGUGGCGGUGAGUCCCCCCAGAGUCAUCCAGGGGAAGACUGUCUGUCUCCUCAGUUUUCUGAAAAGAGGGCUCCAUUUGUUUUCGAGCAGGUUGACAGGAAACCCCACGUUAGGUCAAGAAGGUUGGAGGACGUCGAGCAGCAGACGGAAACUGGCCACAAUGACUCGUCCUCCCAGACUCCGUCCACCUGUGCUCUGGAGGCUCUCGCAGCGCUUAGAGCCGGAGCUAGGCCUAACGGCUUUCCUUCUUAAUGGGCCAAGUAACACCUUUUUAAGUGCCCCUAACACCCCAAAGUGCUUCUUGAGAAGCUCUCUUAAACUGGGGUUUCAGUUAUAACCCCACGAAAACUGCUAGUCGGCGGGGGGUCUAAACACAUGGGCCAGGCGGGGCCUGAUCUGCGGCCUUGAAGCCAGGUGGACGCUUGGAGGAAGUCACUCUGGCCUCGCUCACUGAUCAGCUCCUUGGUUUUUGCCGGGAGCCUUCACUCUGGGUGAAUGCCUGAGUUAGCACGAUGGUCUUGGUGCGUGGAUGCUUUGAGGGCGAACGUGCAGAAAUCAUUUGCUCAGUUUCUGGAUUAAGUUAAGGAACAGGGUCUUUUGGGAAAAGUCCUGGAGGGCAAGACAGAGGCCCUGCAUGUGUUAAGACCCCUCCUACCGUCUUCCUCUGGGGAAGCCUGUGUCUCUGCUCGCACCGAGAGUUCCAGUCCACGAGCUUUUAAGGGUCUUAAGUCACAGCUGUGGCUCCUCUGCGGCUCUUCCAUGUUUUAAGGAAGAGGCUGUUGGCUCUGCCUCUCGGCUCUCGUCAGACACGCCCACUCCUGCGCUGGAGACUGGCAUCGUUCCGGUUGAGGGAGGACUGCGGCCUUCGGUGUCUUGCUCAGAACGGGAGUUCCCCUCGGGUCAGCGCAGCCCCCAGGAUGGUCGGGGGCAGAGGGGGGCUCACGCCUUUGGAGCACGCGCCCCGUCACCAGGUUUCUGUUGUGGCUGUCUCUGGGGGCCCUCCCAGAAGGGCAGGGUCUGCGUGCCCCAGGGAGGGCUGUGUUCACGUGGUCAGCUCUUCCCAGUGGUAAACGUCUGCUAUGGCCCUUGUGACCUGGCACCUGCGGGUGAGUCAUGCCACACAUGCCCAUGGGAAAACUGAAGUCUGACGUCAUUUGACAGCUUUGUGAGCACAUGCGUGAUUCACUGCACGUGGCCACCGGCGCCGGGCAGGUGUGAAGCCGGCACUUGGGCAGUGCCAGCUGCGGGGUGACGUGCAGAGAGGUGGCAAACGGGACUUGGCUGCUGGAGGUCGAUGCUUGUGCUCAGAGGCAGCAGGAUGAGUGAAACUUUGUGGGUGAAGUGGUGGCUGUGCUGGGGGACCAGGUGGUCUGUCAGGGCCCACAGCUCCCUGUCUCGAGUCCAGCUAUUGCAGUGGAGACUGUGGGCAGACCCGCCUCCAGCCAGCUCAGUGGCAUCUGUCAUUCGUGGUGUCCGGACCCAGCACUGGCUCACUGACCCUGUAGCUAGGCACGAGGCCUCGCACCACCAGGCUUGGGAAGAAGAGAGUUGAGGUUUUUAAAGCAGCAGAACUAUGACCCUCAGAGUCUGCACGAAAGGGACUCUGAUGAGGCCAGGAGACACAAUGGAUGGUGUAACGCGUCUUUACAGAGGUCCACUGAAUGCCAUUUGUGUUGUCAGAGGGAGGUGAGACCCCUUUCUGGCCUGCUGCCUGGAGGGCCCUGUCCAGGCCGGCUUUUAGGCUUGUCCACCUGCCGCACCCUGCGGGGCCCCCCAGCUCUGGCCAGUGGAACCCUGUGGGCAGGCACCCCCACCUAAGCUCCCGCUGGCCACAUCCGCACAGGGCGGUCCCUCCUCCCCGGCGCCGUGGGGGGUGGUCUUCACGGCUCACCGUGCCCCAGAUUUCUCCCUGCUGCUCACGCGUGAGGUCUGAGCCCUUAGCUGGGGCUCAGAGCUGUUCUCAGAGUGAAAAGAAUGCCACUCCCUGAACAUGAGUUGGCUCUUAAUUGUCCUGAGGAAGCUUGGGAGUUAACUUUCCUUUAUAGACGCAACUUCAAAAAGCAAAAAACAGGACGCUAGCCCUUUAUCACCUAGAAAGGGGAGAAAUUUUAAGUACUGCCAAAUACAAAGGACAGGGAAAUGUGUAGUGUUAUGCUUAAAAGGAAUUAAGUACUAAAGUUUGGCAGGCUGAUUGGAAGCCUCAGCCACUCAGGACAUCUCGCGCCCAGGAGCCCUGGACAGCGGAGCUGGGACCCGCUUCAUACGCGGAUUCCAGCUGCUGCCCUCGGGUUUCUCUGCCCAUGGCGACUGGUAAGCGCUUCUCUGCCCUUCAGGAAGGGACUUGGCAGACUGCUGCCGAAACAGGCUUAAGGCAUUUAUUUGCGCACCAGUUCCCCACAUGUCCCACCUUUCUUCUCUCUGCACCCUCCCUGAGAGGGGACCACUGGGCGGCUCAGCAAACACUGAGACUCAGAAAACAGGGAAGCCAGCAUCCACCCUCACCCCGACCAGCCAUCCCCGGCAGGUGAAGGCGUGAGCGCAGGCACCAGACCCCAACGUCCAGGAAAGGUCUCUUCGCUCGCCAGAGGUCAGGUCAAAGGUUAAGUCCUUCCCCUCUCCCAGUGCAGGGCGCCUGGGAUGCCCGCUUGCUCUCAGGAGGCACAGCCAUACUGCUGAGCAGUUUUGUACCUUUUUACACGUGUACACUUUUGGCAAAGCCAUACUUUCCAGAGUUGAAAACUUAAAAUGAGACUCAGCUUGAACUGAGGGCUCACGAAACCCCUUGCUUGCGGUUCGCUGCUGGGCAGACAGGAUGGAGCCUGUGUGGAGUCCCGGCCCCACUCUGUUCCUUGGAGAACAGUUUCUCUGUGCACGAAACCAGCCGCUGCAGUUCCGGUCCCUUCCCUCACAGUCCGCCGCGUGGCACUCAGAGCAGGUGGCCCAAGUGUCCCUUGGAAGUUACUGCAGGGAUUCUGUGACAGUUUGUGUGGUCGUGUUUCUUUUUAAUCUUACAGAAGCCUCUCUUUUUAAGACAGAACAGCUUUGGGUACAACACUGAGCGCCACCCACUGUUAACGAGGAAAUGUUCUUAAUGCCUGCUGUAUCUUACUUUAAAGUUUUGGUCGUUGAACAGGUGGUUUUGUUUUUCCCUAAAGAACUUAGUGGUGCUUGUGCCUCAUUCCCGGUAGAGCCUUGCAGAGUCUGGAGGAGAGUCAGGAGAAGGAGAAGGUGGGAGUGACACCUGCCCAGACCCUUGGCUCGGUACUUAAGACGCACAGGGAGACAGGGCAUCGGGUCUAAGUCACUCACUGGUGAGCACUUGCCAGCAGGGCUGUUUUGUGUGACGGCACGGAGGUCACAGAACUCGUAAGGCUGUGAUUCUACGAUGUGUCUGUCAGCCUGCUCAGACACCGGAGCCCUGAGCAGCCCGUCCUGUGGGUGACCGGGGAGGGAGGUCCAGCCUCACCGGCCCUGACUUCACGCCGAGCAGCCGUCGGACACGUGUCUCCACGCCGCCCCCGACCCCCCACACAGUAGCUGUCACUUGUUUGUUUCAUUUUGUAGGAAACUCUGAACAGUCUACAAAGGACACUCAAUUCUUUACCGUGUUAUGUUUAUACCACAAAAGCAAGUAAAAUGGAUUUUAGGAUUUACCUUUAGUAUUAACUUAUCUCCUGACUUAACUGUUAGGAUUCAAAACCAGUUAAGUGAUGCGAGUUAACGCCUGUGGUUUUCCUAAGUGAUGUUUAUAAAAUGUGAAGUCUCUAAGUGGCUCCUGCACAGUCACACUUUGUGGAUCUUCUCACAAGUGUACUCCUCUGUCAGGACAAAAACCGACCACGCCCAGCUGCUGAGGGGUGCAGGGUGGCGCACAGGCAGCUGUCUCACCAGCCGCCGCUGCCGCUGCCGCUACUGCCUGGGGGCCAGGCCACAGCGAGGCCCCAAGAAGAGCCUGGGCAGCGGCUGCUCUGGACAGUUCACGACUUUCGUGUUUUAGUUUGAGGCAUUUUUUUCCAACAAAGCUUCUGAUCGACUGUCUGCUACAACUGAAGUGUUACUCCGUCAAAUAUUUAUUCCCUGUGUGACGCGCUGGAUUUCCACGGGUGUAGCUCAUCGUUUCCAUUUUGUAAAUACUACCUAACUUCACAUAAGCAGCAUCAUAAUAAACUAUUUUUGCACCAC